GUCAGCACUCAGGUGAAGCAGCCGAAGAUGCGCUCGCUUGUUGGCUUGGUUUCUGUGGUGACCGCUGCCAGCCUUUACCUGUAUUCACUGUCUCUGUACCUGCCUCCGGGACCCCGGAAACACUCGAACCGAACAUCUGACACUAACAAUGCGGAUACAGAAGUGUCCGGAGAGGACGGCGAUGAGCCCAGCAGGUUAAAGUUCCCGUCAGACUUGGAGGAGCUGAGGGAGCUGGCUGAUCUGCUGCAGUUCUACAAGACAGAGCACACCGGAUACGUUCUGCUCCUCUUCUGCAGCGCUUAUCUCUACAAACAGUCAUUCGCCAUUCCAGGCUCCUCUUUCCUGAACAUUUUGGCGGGGGCCAUAUUUGGGGCGUAUGAAGGCCUGCUGCUGGCUUGUUUGCUCACCACCGUGGGCUCUACCAUGUGCUAUCUUCUGUCUAAAGCCUUUGGAAAGCACUACAUCGAGAAGCGCUUCCCUGACAAAGUCUCCAUGUUGCAGAGGAAGGUGGAGGAGAAUCAGGAUUGUUUGUUCUUCUUCCUGCUCUUCCUGAGGUUCUUCCCCAUGACACCAAACUGGUUCCUAAAUAUGUCGGCACCAAUUGUCAACAUUCCGAUCACCUUUUUCUUCGGCUCAGUUUUCAUAGGUCUUCUACCGUACAACUUCAUCUGUGUCCAGACAGGAGUCAUGCUCUCUGAAGUGUCCUCGCUUGACGACUUGUUCAGCUGGGAGAGACUCCUCCAGCUGCUGGCCAUUGCCUGUGUGGCUCUGCUGCCUGGCGCGCUCAUCCGUCGCUACAGUCGGCGCCGCCUGAAACUGGAUGAUGCAACAAGGAAUGGCGUGAUACCAAAUGAGAAGAAAGACCAGUAGCAAAGUGGACUUCAUGACAAGUUAAGUCAGAUGAAUGAGUGUUGUGUAAGUCAAAUCUCUCUUUGAAUGUUCUCUUGGAUGAUGAAAGGAACUGCUCGAGCUCUGUUUUAAGUGCCUGCGAGCAGCUAUGGGCCUCACUUCUACCUCAGUCUUUCCAAGAAAACGUGUUGAAACUGAACAGUUGAUUGUUUUUUUUGGAGGAGGGAGGGGGUUUCUUACAGUAAAUCUGACCUGUUGUAUUACAACACACAUCUGAUGAUGAUAUUUUGUCAGGUGUAUGUUUUUAAGAUGUCACUUUCCAUCCUCUUGCUCUGGUUAUGACCUGAGGAAGAAUGUUUAGUAAGGCCUUAAAUGUCCCGUGUUCAAAUGUCUUUCCAUCUUCUUGUUGGUACCAAAGUGUUCAUGAGAUGUUUUUUGUGUCUUAAAUGUUCUUUAUCUUUCAUUAAAAUUGAAAGAAUGAAAGGUUAUACAGCAACAUGUCUUUGUAGAGGCAGUUUGUUGGAAUAAAAA